GGAUGGCCCCUCCGGGCCCGGCCGGCGCCCACCCCACCCCGGCCGAGCCGCUGUCCCGCAGCAUCUUCCGGAAGUUCUUGCUGAUGCUCUGCUCCCUGCUCACGUCCCUUUACGUCUUCUACUGUCUGGCCGAGCGCUGCCAGACCCUGGCGGGCCCCGUGGUGCGGCCGUCGGGCGGCGGCGAGGAGGCGGGGGCCCCGGGGCGCGGCGCCCUGGCCGCAGGCCCGAGGGAGCUGGCGGUGUGGCCCGCGGCGGCGCAGAGGAAGCGGCUCCUGCAGCGGCAGCAGCGGCGGAGGCGCCGGCCGCCCGCGCCACGCGACGACGGCGAGGAGGCGGCCUGGGAAGAGGAGCCCCCCGGCCUGGCCGGAGGUCCCGGCGGCUCCGGGGCCGGGAGCAGCGCGGCCGAGGCCCCGCCGGGGACCCUGGCCCUGCUGCUGGACGAGGGCAGCAAGCAGCUGCCGCAGGCCAUCAUCAUCGGCGUGAAGAAGGGCGGCACGCGGGCGCUGCUCGAGUUCCUGCGCGUGCACCCCGACGUGCGCGCUGUGGGCGCCGAGCCCCACUUCUUCGACCGCAGCUACGACAAGGGCCUCGCCUGGUACCGGGACCUGAUGCCGAGGACCCUGGACGGGCAGAUCACCAUGGAGAAGACGCCCAGCUACUUCGUGACCCGCGAGGCGCCCGCGCGCAUCUCGGCCAUGUCCAAGGACACCAAGCUCAUCGUGGUGGUGCGCGACCCGGUGACCCGGGCCAUCUCGGACUACACGCAGACGCUGUCCAAGCGGCCCGACAUCCCCACCUUCGAGAGCCUGACGUUCAAGAACCGCACGACGGGCCUCAUCGACACGUCGUGGAGCGCCAUCCAGAUCGGCAUCUACGCCAAGCACCUGGAGCACUGGCUGCGCCACUUUCCCAUCGGCCAGAUGCUCUUCGUGAGCGGGGAGCGGCUCAUCAGCGACCCGGCCGGCGAGCUGGGCCGCGUGCAGGACUUCCUGGGCCUCAAGAGGAUCAUCACCGACAAGCACUUCUACUUUAACAAGACCAAGGGCUUCCCCUGCCUCAAGAAGGCCGAGGGCAGCAGCAAGCCCCACUGCCUGGGCAAGACCAAGGGCAGGACCCACCCGGAGAUCGACCGCGAGGUGGUGCGCCUGCUGCGCGACUUCUACCGGCCCUUCAACUUGAAGUUCUACCAGAUGACCGGCCAGGACUUCGGCUGGGAUGGAUAACAGUAUAAUUUAAAAAGAAAAAGAAAAAUAUCAAAAUAUAAUAUAUUUUUUUACCACUCGGUAGGGAAAAGGCAGUUUAAUAUUUGUGCUGAAAAUAUUUGUUUCCGUAUUUUUUUUUCCCCCAGUGAAUGUUAAAGAGAGUGUUCUGGCCUCCGCCCGCGUCUCGCCUUCCACGUGCCGACAUUUGGACCAGCAAAAAAGGAAAACCUCACUGGUCUAAAUACUUUCAGUUUUCUACUUUUAUUUUAUGUGUUCUAUACACAGUUAUAAACCACGAGCGUUGGUGGCCAUUGAGGGAAAUCCUGAGGGUAAAUCGAUCGAUCUCGGUGUCUGUCUCUGCCUCUCUGUCUCUUGUCUGUCUUUCCACGGGUCCCAGAUAAAAUGAUCUCUGCUUCUAUUUCCUCCCUUGUCACUUUUUUUUUCUUGCACCGCUUUUCAAAAAGCGUUUCCCACUUAAUAAUAUUCCCAUGUUUGUACACCGCUUCCCAGUUACCAUAGAACUUUUGAAUAAAGCACCUUUUGCCGUCCUUAUCUGAAGGUGGGGUAAGCGCAUAGCACAUAAAGAUUAUGAUUCCCUUUUUACAGAGAAGGUGACUGAGUCUCAGGGACGUUAAAUGACUUCUCGUAAGGCCAGAUGGUGGACCUUGGGCAAAACCCCAUCUUCUACCUGUUCCCUAUAUCCUGCCACUUGUUCCAGAGAGAAUUGGAAGUGAGGCAUGUAUCCUUUUAGAGACGGUUAGCUAGUCUGAGGACGAUCGGAGAUGGGACAGCGAGGGUUUCCUGUCGCCUUCUGAAGUUCCAGGCUAGCUUUGUGACACGCUAAGUCACAAGGAGUCACCCGUGUUCGAGGACACCGCUCAGACGUGGACAUAACGUCUUUCAAGGGCCAGUCUUAGCUUGUGGAAGUACCCUGAGAUCUAGAAAUCUUGGUUUUGUUGAGGUUGAGAGAAAUUACUGGAUCUGUGUCUGGAGAACCAGACAGACACUCACACUAGGAACCGGAAAAAAAUGGUAGGAGCAUAAGUUACCUAUGUGUGGUGUUCACUGUCUUUUUUUUUUUUUUUUUUUUUUAAAGAAAAACCCACUUCAGCAAGAGCUUAUGAGUAUGAACCUCCUUUUUUGUUACCUCUUUUUUUUAACAAAGAAAACCUGCUUCUCUUUGUAAUGUGUCAUUUCUAAUCUUGGAGCUAAUACUAAGAAAAAAAAAUAAAUGUCAUUAUUUUUCACAGGUCGAAGACUGUCACCGUCACUUUCUUUCUCCCCCUGCUUCCUGUUCAUACCAGGGAUAACCGAAUAUUCAUUAAUGUUUGGGAAAUAUUCUAAGAAACAAAGAUGUGGGUAAAAUGGCAGUUUUUUCCUUCUCCCCAUCUAUUUCUCUCCUCCCCCUCCCUUUAAAUAGCUCAAAUAAAUCAAUAGUUUAUUAAGAGUAUUCCUUUCCUCUCUGAGUGGGCAUUAACAAGAUUAGCAUUAAUGGGAAUUAAAUUGGUUUAGAGAGAAGCACAUAUGCACGAAAUAUAUAAAACAUUUAUAAUUAGUCUGUCAGCAACCUUUUAUUACAGUUGUAAACCCAAGAGGAAAAUGUCUCCCAUCUCCUGGAAGUUUUCCGUAUCUGCCAAAAAUUUAAAGGACCAGACCCUACAGUCUCCUAAAAUAAUAAUUCUUUUUCUUCUCCGGCGCGGUCAAUCAAAAGAAACUAGAGUUGUCUGCAAAUGUGCAGCCAAAUGUGCCUCAACCAUAGACGCUGCCUCAAGGGAAGUAAAUCUUUCCGGAGAGACCUAACACAGGAUUCAAAUGAAGGGGAAAAAAUUAUUUAAGUUUCAAGGUGUUCCAACAUUGCUCCAAACCCUUGAAUUUUCUGUACGAAUAUACCACUUAGGAGAGUUAAGAAAACCCCAAUUCCCCAUCUCCUUUGCCCAGUUGAUUGCCUUGCCUUCCGUGCCCUUAAUUUUCCAAGGCAGCACCCCUGGUUUUGUUAUUCUUAAAUCCUCACUUUGAGAAACGAGAUACUCAUCUGAAACUCUUUGCAUCUUUUCUCUUAACUCAUUUUGUUCAUGCCUCUGAUUCCUUGGUAAGCCUUUGCCUGGCAUUGCGCAGAUGUGCCUUGUGCAGGGAAACUAGCGCAUCUGACAGUUGUAUUCCGCCAUUUUCCUCUUGUUGUGUUAAGAAAUAAUAAAAGAACGGAAUUGAGUUCAAAGCA